UUCUGCUGCCACAGGUUUACACAAAAUGUCGUGGAGAUGGGACACACAUGGAAGGUGGAUCUCUGGAAUGGGCUUAAACAGUAGCCUAUAAAUAGAGUAAUAGUUUCUGGUCUAUGAUACGUCAUACUGACCGGAAAGACAGAGAGCGGGAGUAAAGUGAAGUGAGACCUAUAGGUGAAGGGCAAGUCCAAGUGUCUCAGGAUCGAGGUUAAGGGAGGGAAUCAUGAUGAUGGCGUUCUGGAUGACUGUGGGGUUCAUCUGCUUUGCUACCCGAGCUUCAGCAGAGGAGCCUAAACCCUGCCUGACACCAUCUCGAUACAUGGGAUCUGUGACUAUGACGUUGGCACUCGGCAACUUGUAUCGACAUGAUUACGACUACGAUGCAAUCAAGCAGCGCCUCCAUACGAAAAUGUUUCAUAAUGAUGAGUUUGUCUGUGAGGACCUUUUCCUGUUUAAGCAGAGGGUUCACUACAGCUUCAAAAAUGACCACUGUUCCAAGCUACCGCACGAUUCUGACUUCAAGCCCUUCGGUGUUCCCAAGAAUGCCACCUUUCUGUCCCAGGUGGUGUUGGGAACUCUCUCCACCCCUGGGCAUGGCCUGGUGGUCAACAACUGGAAGAAUAGCAACACAGGCUUAUUGUCAACUUUCACAGACGCUGACUGCCUGCCUGUCUCACAAGUCAUGGAGGACGCAGAAAGAGGGGUGUUUAUCACUAAUAGCUUCUUCAACAAUCUCCUGGUGUACCGGUCGGAUGCCUUUGUCAUACCAGAAACGUGCAAGCAUGCUAACCUGGAGCCCGAGAAGCAUGCUGAACUGCAGGAGAUUGAGGAUGGGAACAACUAUUUCCUUUCCUUUUUCCAAAAUCAGUGAGGGAGUAGUAAUAACUGACAACUAACUAAGCAGCAGGAGCAUGCCAUCAUUUGGCAAUGAGUUCCAGAUAAAAUGUUAGGAUUCAAUUCUGUGGAUUGUGUAUGAGGGCCACAUUUCGAAAAUACAA